AUGGCUGAGGGCGGCGACGAUGUGGACACAAAACAUCAAUCUAUAUCUGAUAACCCGCUCGAUGCGCCUGAAGGCCCGCCACCGGACAAUGCCGAGGAUGUACCUGAUGACGAGGAAAUGGGCGAUGGCACCCCCGCAGUCGAGCCUACCGACGCAGCGCCUACCAUCACCAAGUCCGCUAUGGAGCAGUCUGCGCGAUCACGUCUCAUCGAUCAGAACCACGCUAUAAUACUGCCUUCUUACAGCACGUGGUUCGACAUGCAUGAGAUUCACAGCAUUGAGCGGAAAGCGCUACCCGAGUUCUUCAACAGCCGCAACCGCAGCAAGACGCCUGCGGUGUACAAGGAUUACAGAGACUUCAUGGUCAAUACUUACAGGCUGAACCCCGCCGAGUACUUGACUGUAACGGCAUGCAGAAGAAACUUGGCUGGUGAUGUUUGCGCAAUAAUGCGCGUCCAUGCGUUCCUAGAGCAGUGGGGCUUGAUCAACUACCAGAUCGACCCAGACACACGCCCUUCUAACAUCGGUCCACCUUUCACAGGCCAUUUCCGCAUCACAGCAGACACCCCCCGCGGUUUGCAACCAUUCCAACCCGCGCCUAACAGCACAAUCACUGCCGGCAAGCCAUAUGCAGGUACUGACCGCGCAGCGUCCACCAGCAGAACCGAUGUCAACCUAGAGGUGCGACGGAACAUCUACGACGACAAAGGCAAGGAUGUCACGCUAUCUAAGGCAGAUACUGCGAAUGGCGAGUCAAGCAGGAGCCUCGAAGAAGGUCUUAAGCAAGAUGACAAGCAGUACUUUUGUUACUCAUGUGGUAAGGACUGCACGAGAGUGCGUUACCACAACAGCAAAAAUCCCCCAACCAACGCCGCGACACCGAAGCCCAGCAAAGACCAGCGUUACGAUCUGUGCAGUCUAUGUUACCAGGAAGGACGCUUUCCCUCAUCUACAACAGCCCCGGACUAUGUGAAGCUGGAGAACGAGCGAUACCGGACGCUCGGUGACAGAGAAGCACCGUGGUCAGAUUCAGAGAUCUUGCUACUACUGGAAGGCUUGGAGAUGUUCGAUGACAACUGGGAGUCUGUCGCAGACCAUGUCGGCUCACGAUCACGAGAAGAGUGCGUGCUCAAGUUUCUGCAGCUCGAGAUCGAAGAUAAGUAUCUGGAGGAUGCACCUUCGGCGAACGCCCAUGCGGGCGCAGUAGGCGCUCAAGAUCUAGCCUUUCUUUCUGGUGGGAGACUGCCGUUCAGUCAGUUUGACAAUCCCGUCAUGAGCGUCAUGGGCUUCCUUGCUGGACUGGCGGAUCCUGCCACCACUGCGAAAGCGGCCGGCAAGAGCGUCGACGAGAUGCGCCGGAGUCUCAGGGCGCGGCUAGAGACCGACUCGACCACGGGCGCAGAGAACGCAGGAGCGGAAACCCAAGGCGAAGCGGCAGCGGCAGAUAUCAAAGGCGAGCGAGCCGAAUCAAUGGACGUUGACGAUACCACUUCACUUGCCACGCGCGAGCCACAGACUUCGAACGACCUCCCCACCACAGCUUUAAGCCUCACAGCUGCGCGCGCAGCAGCUUUAGCAUCAAACACUGAGCGCCAACUCACGAACUUGGUCUCCGCGGCCGUGAACCUCGAACUCCAGAAGAUCGAGCUCAAACUGCAGCAGUUCAGCGAAAUGGAGGCGCUAUUGCAAGCCGAGCGGCGAGAAGUCGAACGUAUGCGGCAGCGGGUAUUCCUCGAUCGGCUCUCUUUCAGGCGAAAGGUCCGCGAGGCUGAGGCUAAGCUUGCUGAGAUGCUUGUGGGCAGGCGGAUUGCAGUGCCAGGAGGUGAGAAGUUAAGUAUAGAUCCUGCUGGAGAUUCAGUCGGAGGCAAUGGUGUCGUGGGCGGUGUGGAGCCGUAUCAGGAGGGUAUGGAGGGGUUUAUGAGGCAUGAGAUAUAG